AUGGCUACACGUAAAUCACAGGCUCUUAAUUGCAGUGCUGGGGUCGACGCAGUCAUGUCCAUCUUAAACGAAGACGUCUGCGUAGUUCUGCGGAAAGUCUUGAGCGCUGAGCAGGUCACAACCAUGAACGCUGAGAUCGGCGGGCCCAUGUCGAAGAUCGCUCCUGGCUCACUCCAGUCCGACCCAAACGUCCAAGACUUCCACGGAAUCCAUACCAAACGCCUCACCAACCUCGUUACACACAGCAAAGUCUUCCGUGGAUAUCUGCUAGAUCACGACUUGCUCCACGGCGUCUGCGAAAGGGUCUUCAGGCGCGACUCAGGCGACUACUGGAUGAAUACUGCGCAGGUCAUCGAUAUUGGACCCGGGAACAAGACCCAGCCACUUCAUCGUGAUCUGAUGCAGUUCCCUAUCUUUGCCAGACCAGGACCCGAUGCUCCUGAAGCUACGACCAAUUUCUUCGUUGCUCUGACCCAGUUCACUGAGGUGAACCGCGGCACGCGCUGUAUCCCUGGAAUCCAUCGAGAUCCAGAUAUGUGGGACACGAGAACCCCGGAGGAAACCGUCGCUGCGGAGAUGGAUGCUGGGGACAUCUUCUUGUUCAGCGGGAAACUCGUUCACGGCGGUGGAGCGAACCGCACCGAGAAUUUUGUUCGAAGAGGCAUUGUGGUGAGCGUUCAAUAUUGCUGUCUCACUCCCGAGGAGGCCUAUCAUUUGAUUGUGGAGAAAGAGCUUGUUAAGACUAUGCCCAAGCGGACGCAGAAGAUGAUUGCGUUCCGCUCGGUGUUCCUAGCUGUAAGGAAUCGCCAAUAG